CAUAUAUUCAACAAGAAUUUCCCGUUGCAUCCUCAGCGCCAACUAAUUGGCAAUCUCAGGUAAAUGAAUGGACUGCAUCUGUUUCGGGGAGAGGAAGGUCAAAUGGAAGGGGAAGUCAUGGAAGGAGAGGGGGAAGCAGGAUCUUGUGAUGUAUCUCUUGUUUUUUUUAUUUUUAUUGUUGGUUGUUUAGGUUUUGUGACUUAAUACUAAGUUGCAAGCAAUUAUGCAGUG